UUGUGACAGCCCCCGCCGAGAGCAAUGGCACGGAGCGCCGGGAGAGACGCGGCUCGACCCGCUCCCGGAUGCCCGUGAUGCGGGGUCUCAUCGCGCCUCAGAACACCUUCUUGGACACCAUCGCGACACGUUUCGAUGGGACCCACAGUAACUUCGUGCUGGGAAACGCCCAGGUCCAGUCCCUCUAUCCCAUCGUCUACUGCUCCGACGGUUUCUGUGAACUGACUGGCUUCGCCCGCGGUGAGCUGAUGCAGAAGAGCUGCAUGUGUCACUUCCUGUAUGGCAGCGAGACCAGCGACUGCCUCACCCCGCAGAUGCAGAAAGCUCUGGACGAGCGGCGAGAGUUCAAGACCGAGAUUGUUCUAUACAAGAAGAGCGGCUCCAAGUUCUGGUGUCUGCUGGACAUCGUGCCCAUAAAGAACGAGAAGAGCGAGGUGGUUCUGUUCCUGGUCUCACACAAAGACAUCACCGAAAACAAGGACCAGGACCAGGACCAUGGCAUCGAGUCUGACACUGAUGUGGAGACGGGCCUCGAGAUCCGCCAGGUCAGCCGCCCUCCAGGCUUCAGCAUGGAGCGCCGCCGCAGUCGCGCUGUCCUCUACCAGCUGUCCGGACACCUACAGAAACAGGACAAGACCAAGAGCAAGCUCAAGAUCAACAAUGUGAGACGCGACGGUAUAUUCUGUCCUAAUGAGGUGUUGACCUCCUGA